AUGAAUGCCAUUUCAUUGGCAACAUCUAGUGGGUAUGCUAAGUAUCAACAACCGACAGCCUGCAGAACAAGAGCCGGUCACGAGAAAAUUUUACCACACAGUUUCAUACUAAUAUUCCAGACUGCACACAUAGACGAAGCAGUAGGUGAUGGUGAGAACAAUCUCACCAGCAAGUGCGUUUUAGUGUCACUGGAGCACACGAGCUGUGCACAAGUGUUGCUGAAGCCUAAAGACAAAGGAAUCCUGUGUGAAAAGGCAAAGUGCAUUAGCUCAUAUAUCCAGAAGAAGGAAUUCUACGAGCACAUUAAUAAACUUUGCAAGAAGAUAUCAGUGUGUUGGUACUGUGGUGCUCAGAAUGGAACAGUCAAGAAGCUUCCUCCACUCAAGAUUAUUCAUGAAAGAUUCAAGACUGUAAAGAAAGGGGACCCUAUUCUUGACAAUUAUUUUCGUCAGUUUGAUGCAGCGAUGGAGUACAAUAAGCAACUAGAUGAUCAACUUUUAUCAAAUAUUGUUGAAUUUCUUAAUCCUAGUCAAGUGUUGGACCUCUUUGAAAGGGAGACUUCAACAUAA